UUUUUUUUGUCCCUUUUUGUUUCUAGUUCUCCCACCCUCUGGCCCAGUCCCCCUCUCAUUCUCUCUGCCUCAGCGCCAAUCGGCUCCUCCCCCUCCGUUGGCGCCGCCUCUCUGCGCCUCUGCAUGUUGCCAACUCCGUCCAUCUGCACCGUGCAGGGUUGACUGUGUUAAAGCAGUGACUAAAUGACUCAAUCCAUUGUGCAAGUUGAUGAAUCAAGUAGUGCCAUAACAAAAUCAGAACCUUUACUUCUGCCAAUGAAUUCAAACACCAGCACUUUGGCUUUCCCACAGUUUCCUGUACGCCACAAUCAUUUCUCUGUUGUAAUCAAGGGAAACAAAACACAGAUUAUUGUUAUGAGUUAUGAAGAUUAUUUUCAGGUUAUAGCCACUCAAAUAGGAACCAUGGGGACAAUACUGCAUGCCAGGAAGGAAGGUGUGUCGAUUAAUCCAACGUUCAAUGUUUCUGUUAUAUUUGGCAAACGGGAUGAGCCAAUGUUGGCUGCAUGUGCCCGUCAACUGAUUGAGAAGAUAAGUCUCUCUGGCUCCUCUAAGCCACUGGUGCUCUCGCUUGGUCUUAAAGACCAUUCUAAGGAAACACUUAAAGGCAUAAUUUCGGCUGUGAUGGAUAAUGGCCUGUGGUGACAAAUUGCUCAUGAAAUGCCAAAUUAUGAAUCUGUUUUUGUUAUUGUUUUUGUUUUUUUGCUGUUGUUUUUCUUUUUGUAAUUUAGCUACGAAUGUGCUUAAUAUGGGUAGGCUGGAUUCAAAUAUUUGAUCAUUUGAUAUGUUUUGCAAAUUUGGACUAAUUAUACAUGAAAUGAGUGAAAGCAUUUACUGGAUUUCA